AUGUCUCUAGAAAAUACGGAUGUACUUUUGAAGGACGAAGGGAAUGAAUACAUUGAGGGGAACCUGAAUGAGCAUCUGAAUGAGUUCAAGAAACGAGAACACGUUUACCUUGCAUGCAUAUCCUCACUCGAAAAGGAAAUAUGCCAGACGCACACGUACCUGAACGAAUGGAGAAAUAUGCACAUGUACGAAGAUGAAGAUGGGAAAUCAUCCAAAGAAGACAUUUUGAAUAUCAAUUCCUUAAGAAAUUUGCUAAUAGAUCCAUCUAUAAAUUUAGAAAUAAAAGAAUUGAGACACAAAAUAUACGAAAUAACAAGAAAAUGGAAUUUAGCUGAAGAGAAAUUACAAGGAUUUAAUUUCGAUGCGCAAGCAACAGCAGGACAAAGACUUAUAAGUAAAUGCAAAAAAUUGCAAGAUGAAAAUUAUGAAUUGGGAAAAACCUUAGAGGAAAAUACGUUACAACCAUUAUCUAUACAAAUUAUAAAUUUAAAACAACAAAUCGUUUUUUAUAAAAAUGAAUUAAAAAUAUUAAAAGAGUUAAAUACAGAUAUUGACGAAGACAAUGAAUUAUUAAGUCAACAACUAGCUGAACUAUCCAAAAAAUAUACACAAAUUACGAAAGAAAAAAAUGAAUUGGAAGAACAAAAUUCAAAACUUAACAAUUAUGUUAGUGCACUACAGAUGAAGCUAAAGUUAAAAAAAAAACAUUCUCCAAUACAUGAUGACAAUAGUCGUCACAGUGAUAAUGAUGCAGAAAGUGUUAGUAACCAUGGAUAUGAUAAUUAUCGUAACGAUGAGAAUAAAUACACUAUGGAACAUCUGAACGAUGAUACAUAUUCCUCUCGUAAUUCCUCCCCUCAUAAUAAUCUCAAUAAGGAAUAUCACAGCACGAGCCAUAACAACAGUAGCAAUAACAACACUGGCCAUAUGGUUACCCAAGGAAACUACAAUGACAGUCAUCGUGAGGAGAUGAUGAUGGAAUACACCAAAUAUAGACAAGGUGAAACACGCAUGAAUUUUCAUGACGAUAAUGAAGGUUAUAAAAGGAAUAAUUCUUAUUUUAAGGAAAGAAAAGGGAGCAUGGAUGAUGAUACGCGUUCUUAUGAUAAUGACGAUAAUUAUAGAAAAAGAUAUUCAGAUGAUAGUAGGGAAAGGAAGUAUAGGAAAACGGAUAGGUACCAUUAUAAAGACAAAAAAUGGGAUAAGGAUAGAGAAAAAGAAAGAGACAGGGAUAGAGAAAAAGAAAGAGACAAAGAGAGAGAAAAAGAAAGAGACAGGGAGAGAGAAAAAGAAAGAGACAGGGAGAGAGAAAAAGAAAGAGACAGGGAGAGAGAAAAAGAAAGAGACAGGGAUAAAGAAAAAGAAAGAGAAAAGGAUAGAGAAAAAGAAAGAGAUAAGGACAGAGACAAGUACAAGUUACGGGAUAAGGAAAAGGAUAGAGACAAGUACAAAUUACGUGAUAAGGAGAGAGGAAGGAGAGAAAAGGAACGAGAUCGAGAUAGGGAACGGGAUAGAGAUCGGAUUAGGGAAAGAGACAAAGAAAAAGAAAGGGAUAAAGACAAAGAACGAGAAAGAGAUAAGGAAACAGAAAAGGAAAGGGACAGAGAGCGAGAGCGAGACCGAGACAGAGACCGGGACAAGGUGAAGGAUAGAACGAAAACCAAAGAGAGAGAAAAGAUGAAAAGCAAAUAUAAAAGCAAAAACAAAGAAAAGGGAAAGGGAAAAGGAAAAGGCGAAGAAGAUUAUGACAGCAGUGAUUACUCUGAAACGAAAAGAAAAUUUACGAAAGAUCAUGAUGACGAAUAUCGUGAUUUUUCCAGGACGGACAAAUUUGAUUAUUCCAACAUGUCAAAAAAUGAAAACGCGGAUGAUAGAGAAAGUGAAUAUGGUCGUUACGUAUACUUGCACAAGUGA